AUGGUUCCCAAACGCCUAGUACUGGCAACAGCCAUCUUUGGCUUAUCAAUUACCGCCCAAUUCGUCGACAACACAUACAUCUGGCCCAACGACGAAACAGACCUCCUCGAACACAUGCUCUACGAACACAGCGGCUACCACGUAAACUCACCGGCUUCCUUCGUCGUCCCCUGCGGAAACGUCCCCUUCGGCAAAGGACGCAGCGGCCCAGCCGAAUGGCUCCGAACAGCCUACCACGACAUGGCGAAUGCAGACGUGCCCUCCGGAAAGGGAGGCAUCGACGCCUCCAUCGGGUUCGAACUCGACCGGGACGAGAAUCCAGUCGGCGGCUGCUCGGGGGGAAAAGUGGUGAUUCCGUUUCGAGGCGGUAGAAUCGACGCGACUGGACCGGGGGCAAGGGGCGUUCCUAAGCCGGAGGAGAGCCUGGAUAGUCAUGUUGCUGCGUUUGAGAGGCAGGGGUUUACGAAGGACGAGAUGAUUGGGCUGGUUGCGUGUGGGCAUACGCUGGGUGGUGUUCAUGGCGUUGACUUUCCGGAGAUUGUUGACGUCGUGAACAAUACUAGUGAAGAUGAUAAUACGCAAAUGUUUGACACGACUAUCGAAGGGGAGACUGCAUUCGAUAAUAAAGUGGCGACUGAAUUUGUGUCGAAUAAUACGCAAAAUCCCUUGGCGUUUGGUCACAACGCGACAACACGAUCUGAUGGGCGUAUCUUCAACGCUGAUGGAGGUGCACUGAUUACGAAGAUGGCUGCGUCGAAUGACUUCUUCCUCGAUACGUGUAGGGACCUUCUCGAAAGGAUGACUAACACUGUGCCCAGGACUGUGAGGUUAGGAAAACCAAUUGGUAUUAUUCCCGUCAAACCAUCUAGUUUAUAUGCCACGAUUGUACCGCACACGGGAAAGAUGAAUGUCACUGGGUUUGUUCGGCUCAUUUCUCGCAAAAAUUCAUGGGACGCAGAUCCCAGUCGCAAAGUCAAGAUCCAUUUUCGUCCACGGUCCGGAUCCUGCUCCAAAUCAAAGUAUCUCGUCGUGGAAGCCGGCGAGUUUUCGUGGUCACGCAGCUUGUACCACCAAGGUGGAUUCCCGUACUUCAAGAAAUACCAAUUCGCACAAGAAAUUCCUAUCUCGCGGGGCGUUUCAGGAUUCGACGUCGAGGUAAUUGAUACGACGGACGGUAGCACGACGAGCACGAUGCACACAAACGGUGGGAAGGGGUUUCCAUUUAAUGAUGCUGUUGUCACGCAGCCUGGCUUGACGUGUAAUGGGCAGAAAGACGAUGGGCUGUUCAACCUGACUGUUGCGGUUCGAGAUGAUGCGAAACUCGGUUCCGUGAAGGCGAGGAUUCAGCUGCCGCGGCCGCUUGAUGCAUUAGUACCGAGAAUCACGGACAUGAUGGUUGAUUUGAAGAGGGUGGGAGGUGUGCCUGGCGCGAACUACACGCUGUUUAAUGUAAGACAGAGGCUGCCUGUGGGAACAUACACAUUCACGUAUGAUCUUAUUGCGUCGAAUGGGACACACACGGAGAAGAGGGUGUUUAAUGAUGUUACUGAGAUUAAAGCCUGUCACAGGGAUUAA